GUUGUUGCUAAAGCAUCUGAUGUUCAUCCAAAGGACCUUGAAUUUCCUACGGGUGGUGUGGAUGAUAUGACAAAGCUGGCAUAUUUGCAUGAGCCUGGGGUUUUAUACAAUCUUAAAUGUAGAUAUAGUGGAAAUGAAAUAUAUACUUACACAGGGAAUAUAUUGAUCGCAGUGAACCCUUUCCAAAGACUUCCUCAUUUAUAUGACAGUGGUAUAAUGGGACGGUAUAAAGGGGCAGCCAUUGGUGAGCUGACCCCUCAUCCAUUUGCUGUUGCAGAUUCAGCAUACAGACAGAUGAUCAACGAGGGAAUAAGUCAGGCAAUUUUGGUUAGUGGGGAAAGUGGAGCUGGUAAAACAGAGAGUACGAAGAUGCUUAUGCGCUAUUUGGCCUAUAUGGGAGGGAGAGCUGCAGCUGAGGGAAGGUCCGUUGAGCAGAAAGUUUUAGAGUCCAAUCCUGUUCUGGAAGCAUUUGGUAAUGCCAAGACUGUCAGGAACAAUAAUUCAAGUCGUUUUGGCAAGUUCGUGGAGAUUCAAUUUGAUCAGAGGGGGGGGAUUUCAGGGGCUGCCAUUAGGACUUAUUUACUUGAACGGUCCCGUGUUUGUCAAGUGUCUGACCCCGAGAGAAACUAUCAUUGCUUUUACAUGCUCUGUGCUGCUCCUCAGGAGGAUAUCAAGAAGUACAAAACGGGAGAUCCUAAAUCAUUUCAUUAUCUCAAUCAAUCAAACUUCUAUCAGCUGGAUGGAAUGGAUGAAUCUAAUGAGUAUCUCACUACUAGGAGGGCCAUGGAUGUUGUUGGGAUAAGUACUGAUGAGCAGGAUGCAAUAUUUCGAGUUGUGGCUGCAAUACUACAUCUAGGCAAUGUCGAGUUUACGAAGGGAGAUGAACUAGAUUCUUCUACACCCAAGGAUGAUAAAGCUCGGUUUCAUCUCAAGAUUGCAGCUGAACUUUUCAUGUGUAAUGAAAAGUCACUUGAGGAUUCCUUGUGCAAACGUGUGAUCGUGACUCGGGAUGAGAGCAUAACAAAAACACUUGAUCCAGCUGCUGCAACUGUCAAUAGAGACGCUCUGGCCAAAACUGUCUACUCAAGGUUAUUUGAUUGGCUUGUGAACAAGAUUAACAACUCUAUAGGUCAAGACCCCAAUUCCAAAUCUUUAAUUGGGAUUCUGGAUAUAUAUGGAUUUGAGAGUUUCAAGACAAACAGUUUUGAGCAAUUUUGUAUUAAUUUGACCAAUGAAAAGCUGCAGCAACAUUUCAAUCAGCAUGUUUUCAAGAUGGAGCAAGAAGAAUAUACGAAAGAACAAAUUGACUGGAGUUACAUUGACUUCGUUGAUAAUCAGGACAUCCUUGAUCUUAUUGAAAAGAAACCUGGCGGCAUCAUUGCUCUCCUUGAUGAGGCUUGUAUGUUCCCUAAAUCGACAAAUGAGACAUUUGCACAAAAGCUUUAUCAGACUUUUAAAGACCACAAGCGCUUCAGCAAGCCUAAGUUAGCACAUAGUGACUUCACUAUUUGCCAUUAUGCUGGUGAUGUAACGUACCAAACUGAACUCUUUCUGGAUAAGAACAAAGAUUACGUCGUUGCAGAGCACCAAGCACUCCUUGGGGGGUCCAAAUGCUCCUUCGUUGCAGGCCUGUUCCCACCAUCACCGGAUGAUUCUGUGAAAUCAUCAAAGUUCUCAUCGAUAGGUUCUCGGUUUAAGCAACAACUGCAAGCUUUGCUUGAAACAUUGAGUGCCACUGAGCCACAUUACAUUCGUUGUAUAAAGCCAAACAAUGUUCUAAGACCAGCCAUCUUUGAAAACAGUAAUGUUCUACAGCAACUACGCUGUGGGGGAGUCAUGGAGGCAAUUAGGAUUAGUUGUGCAGGAUAUCCCACUAGGAAGAUGUUUGAUGAAUUUGUUUCUCGUUUUGGCAUUCUAGGACCAGACGUUCUCAAAGGAAGCUAUGAUGGGCCUACUGCUUGCAAGAGGCUCUUGGAGAAGGCAAACCUUCAAGGUUAUCAGAUUGGCAAAACUAAAGUGUUUCUCAGAGCUGGUCAAAUGGCGGAAUUAGAUGCUCGUCGAAGUGAGGUGUUAGGAAGAGCGGCAAGCAUGAUUCAGAGAAAAGUUCGUUCAUAUUUUUGUCGUAAAAGGUAUAUCUUGUUGCAGCAGUCUGCCAUUGAUAUCCAAGCUAUGUGCAGAGCCCAAAUAGCACAUCAUCUGUAUGAAUGCAUGAGGAGAGAAGCUGCUAGUCUGAAAAUCCAAAAAUAUGCUCGGAGGCAUCUUGCAAGAAAAUCUUACAACAGACUAUGCACUUCAGCUGUUUCUAUCCAAGCAUGUAUGCGUAGAAGGGCUGCAUGUAAUGAACUUCAGUUUAGGAAGCAAACAAGAGCUGCAAUAGUGAUACAGAGUCACAGCCGAAAAUACUUAGCCUCCCUCCAUUAUUUGAGGUUAAAGAAAGCAGCAAUUACCAUGCAAUGUGCCUUGAGAAUAGAAGUUGCCUGCAGAGAACUACGGAAACUUAAAAUGGCUGCUAAGGAGACUGGUGCUCUGCAAGAGGCCAAAAUUAAGCUGGAAGAGGAAGUUAAACAACUUACCUGGUGCCUAGUGCAAGAGAAAAGAACGAGGGCUGAGCUUGAGGAAGCCAAAACACAGGAAAUUGCGAAAUUACAAUCUACUUUGCAAGGGGUGCAACUUGAAUUCCAAGAAACUAAAGCCUUGCAUUUUAAGGAACGCGAAGAUGCUGCUAAGGAGACUGGUGCUCUGCAAGAGGCCAAAAGUAAGAUGGAAGAGCAAGUUGAACAACUUACCUGUUGCCUGGAGCAAGAGAAAAGAACGAAGGCUGAGCUUGAGGAAGCCAAAACACAGGAAAUUGCGCAAUUACAUUCUACUUUGCAAGAGGCUGCUAAGGAGACUGGUGCUCUGCAAGAGGCCAAAAGUAAGCUGGAAGAGCAAGUUGAACAACUUACCUCUUGCCUGGAGCAAGAGAAAAGAACGAGGGCUGAGCUUGAGGAAGCCAAAACACAGGAAAUUGCGCAAUUACAUUCUACUUUGCAAGAGGCUGCUAAGGAGACUGGUGCUCUGCAAGAGGCCAAAAGUAAGAUGGAAGAGCAAGUUGAACAACUUACCUGUUGCCUGGAGCAAGAGAAAAGAACGAGGGCUGAGCUUGAGGAAGCCAAAACACAGGAAAUUGCGCAAUUACAUUCUACUUUGCAAGAGGCUGCUAAGGAGACUGGUGCUCUGCAAGAGGCCAAAAGUAAGAUGGACGAGCAAAUUGAACAACUUACCUGUUGCCUGGAGCAAGAGAAAAGAACGAGGGCUGAGCUUGAGGAAGCCAAAACACAGGAAAUAGCGAAAUUACAUUCUAAAUUGCAAGAGGUGCAACUUGAAUUCCAAGAAACUAAAGCCUUGCUUUUUAAGGAACGCGAAGAUGCAAAGAAAGAAACUGAACAUGUCUCAGUUGUCGACAAUUCGGUUGGUACAAAGAAAGAGACUGAACAUGUUCCUCACAUUCAGGAGGUCUCAGUUGUCGACAAUUCGGUUGGUACAAAGAAAGAGACUGAACAUGUUCCUCACAUUCAGGAGGUCUCAGUUGUCGACAAUUCGGUUGGUACAAAGAAAGAGACAGAACAUGUUCCUCACAUUCAGGAGGUUUCAGUUGUUGAUAAUUCGGUUGCCGACAAGUCAGUUGUCGACAAUUCAGUUGUCGACAAUGAAUUAAUGAAUAAACUUACUGCUGAAAAUGAGAUGCUCAAGGCUACGGUUAGUUCACUGGAAAAGAAAAUUGAUGAAACAGAGAGGAAGGAAAAGCAAAUUGAUGAAACAGAGAGGAAGUAUGAAGAAACCUGUAGGAUCAGUGAAGAACGGUUAAAGCAGGCUUUGGAUGCAGAAGCAAAGAUAAUUGAGUUGAAAACUUCCAUGCAGAGGCUUGAAGAAAAACUUGCUGAUUUGGAAGAUGCAGAAGUUCUGAACCACCAAGCAUUGUCUAGUUCAUCUGUCAAAAAAAGGUCUGAAAAUUUAGCAAUCACUUCUCAGCCUCUUGAGAAUGGUGAUAAUGAAACACAGAGUUCUUCACCAGAAAAGAAGAACGAUAUGGAUUUAGACAAAAAAAUACAGAUUGAACGGUUACAUGAGAAUGUGGAUUUUCUAAUUAAAUGUAUGGAGCAAAAUAUUGGUUUUAGUCAAGGAAAGCCUGUCGCUGCAGUUACUAUAUAUAGAUGCCUUGUCCACUGGAGAUCAUUUGAAGCAGAAAAAACUAGCGUAUUUGAUUGUCUUAUUCAAAUGAUUGGUUCUGUAAUGGAGAACCAAGAAAACAAUGGUCAUAUGGCCUAUUGGCUAUCUAAUACAUCUACACUAUUAUGCUUUCUUCAACGCACUUGCAGAGAUAGUCAAAAGCCUCCUGUUCCAACAUCAUUUUUUGGCAGGGUGACCCAAAGUUUCCGUUCAUCCCCUUCUUCCUCCUCCCUUAGAGUGGGUAAAGAUACAGUACAGCUGGUUGAAGCUAAAUAUCCAGCUUUGCUGUUUAAGCAGCAGCUUACGGCAUAUGUGGACACGAUAUAUGGAAUCAUUCGCGAGAAUUUAAAGAAAGACUUGUCGCCACUGCUUUCUUCUUGCAUCCAGGCACCCAGUGUAUUGGACGGAAAUGCCUCAGAGUCAGUUCCAACUAAUAACUGGCAUAAUGUUGUUGAGAGCCUAAAUGGGCUGCUAUGUACAUUCCAAGAAAAUUUUGUAUCUGCAAUUCUUGUUCAGAAGACAUUUACUCAAAUUUUCUCACACAUGAAUGUGCAGCUGUUUAAUAGUCUUCUUCUUCAUCGAGAGAGCUGCACAUUCAGCAAUGGAGAAUAUGUGAAGGCUGGGUUGGCUGAGUUAGAACAGUGGUGUGGCCAAGCAAAAGAGGAGUACAUAGGCUCAGCUUGGGAUGAACUUAAACAUACAAGGCAAGCUGUUGGAUUCUUGGUUAUACAGCAGAAGUCGAAGAUAACAUACGAUGAAAUUUCAAGUGACCUUUGCACGAUCCUGAGUAUUCAACAGCAGUACAGAAUGUGCACCCUAUACGGGGAUGACGACAGCAAUGCUGAAAGAGUUUCCGCAGAUGUCAUUUCCAGCAUGAAAUCUAAGAUAGAUGGGCCCGACAAUGAUGAUGGCGAUUCUUAUUUGCUGAAAGAGGAUUCCAGUAUUCCUUUCUCAGUUGAAGAAGUUUCUAAUUCUCUUCAAGAGAAUGAUUUUACAGAUGUAACACUACCUUCAGUCCUUCUUGAGAAUCCAGACUUCGAAUUUUUACAUGAAUAAGGCUGUGGUUCUUUCACUGUUCUUCAUCCGCUUCAGCAGUUCAUCAAAGAUUCAGCAUUUAUUAUUAAAGAUUCCGCUGUCAUAUUAUUCAUUUAAAUUAGAGCUGUAAAAGCUGAUGAGAUUGGUUCUCAUAGUUAACGAGGCUUACAGUUUUAUUUUUGUACCUCGUCUUUCUUUGUUUAAAAGUCGCUUGGAGGUGGACCUGCAUCCUUCUUAGGAUGGUAGGAAUCGAAAAUUAUUUUUGUAGCAUGAUGGAGAGCUGAUUAUUCAGCCUCCACAUGUUGUAUGUGCUAAGUCAUAAAAUAGGCCUCGAUAUUUAUAGUCCUAUUUUGGUUAUAGGGCGAAUCUUACCCGCACUCACUCGGUGUAUAAUUUUCCUUAGUCAUAAUAUGACUGUUGUAGACACAUUUAAUCCCCAGAUAACAUGAUGGAUUAAUAGGAUCUUUCUUGCUUUGCCUUGUGCUUUUAACUGGAG